AAAUAUUUCAUUUUCUCCCGCCGCUUCGUAACACAAAUUGAAUCUAUAUAAACCCUAACAAACAACAACGGCACACAUGUUAAUACACCACAUUACACAAACAUUUCAAUAUUUCAUACGCGAACACAUUCUCUCGCUGAUUCAAUGGCUGUCAAUUCAAUUCCCCAGGCUGCUUCGAACCAGAACAAAUCGCAGAGCGAGACGAAGCAGCGAACAACCGACCCGGGUGUCCGUGUUAUCGGUGGCAAGAUUUAUGACUCCGAGAAAGGGAAAACGUGUCACCAGUGUCGUCAAAAAACGAGGAGCUUUACCGCUGCCUGCAAAAAUAAAAAGAAAGACAAGACUUGCACAAUGCUGUUUUGCCAUAAAUGUCUUUUGAAUAGAUAUGGAGAGAAGGCUGAGGAAGUUGAAGUUUUGGAGGAAUGGAUUUGUCCAAAGUGCAGGGGCAUCUGCAACUGCAGUUGCUGCAGGAAAAAACAAGGCCAUCAACCUACUGGUAUACUGACCCAUAGAGCCAAGGCAACGGGCUAUUCUUCUGUUUCUGAACUUCUCCAGGCCAAUGGUCCUGAAAACUUUGGCCUUGUCAAGAAUGUAAAAGAUACCGGGGCUACUCCCAAAAGGCCGAGUUCUUCAGGAAAACAGGUUACUUCACCAGGAAAGAAAGGCAAGGAAAACUUACUCGAUGGAAGGGUGGAUAUGAAUUUGGAACAUCCGACCCCUUCUAAGUUGAAAGAAAUAGAAAAAAUGCAAGGUGUAACUUUGGAAAAUAAUGAAAAGCAAAAAAAAACAAAGCAGGGCAAAUUGAGGACAGUGUCUGCAGGUCAGAAGGAUGCUGCUGCUCUGAAAUUGUGUAGUUCUGGUGCCUUACCUGAAAGUACUCCAGAUAAAUCUCAGGAUUCAGACACAGUGUCUGCAGGUCCGAAGGAUGCCGCUGCUCAGAAAUUGUGUAGUUUUGGUACCUUGCCUGAGAGUAAUUCAAAUAAAUCUCAGGAUUCAGACAUAAGCAUUCAUAUGCAUGCAGAACCAAAUGAAAAGGUUAAUGAUCCUAAACUGGGGGAUGGUUGUAUGAAAAAAGUUUCUGCAGAAGUACCUGCUGAUACUUUUGGAAACAAAAAGAGAAAUGCGAAUAAGGACAUUGAAGUAAUAGACCAAGAAAAAACAAAGAAACGGGUAAAACAUGAUACAGGCAUGCCUUUCGUUAAGGAUAACAACAGUGGGUUGCAGUUCCAGAGCCAAGAGGUUGGUAAUGAUAUUCCAUUGCCUCAUGGAACUGAAUUAAUAACUAUAGGUGAUCUCGAAUUGCCACCAGAGGAUGUUGGUAAUGCCUUACAGUUUCUAGAAUUUUGUGCAGCGUUUGGAAAGAAUCUGAAUAUGAAGAAAGGACAAUCAAGUGUCAUACUUAAAGAGCUAAUGAAUGGACAGAGUAGGAUACUCCGCAGAACAGAGCAGCACUCACCUGUUGUCCACUUCCACAUCCAGCUGUUAUCUUUGUUGCGAAAGGAUUAUACUUUGAGGUCUCACAAACUAAGUCCAUCCCAUGGAAAAAGUUCAUGGUUGUUUGCUUUGAAGAGUUGUUUAUCUGAAUCCCCCAAUGCAAAAGAUUUAUUACCUAUUAUUGGCCUGGAUAGUGAAAGUGGUGGAUACAAUACUCUAAAUUUCUCAAUGAAGCUUAGAAUAUUAAUCUUCUUAUGUGAUGAAGUCCUUGAAACUGAAAGAAUAAGGGAUUGGAUUAACAAUCAGGAAUCAAAAUUUGCUCAAAAAGCAAAACAAGCAAAGAAAAAAGUUCUUGCUGCAAAAGAUAAGGUGAAGAGUUUAAAACAGAAAUUGGCAGAUGAACUUGCGAAAGAAAUAACUGCAAAGGAUGGUUCUUCACUUUCAAUCUCUGAGCAUGACGAGAUAGUCAGUCAAAUAAAAUGUGAAGCAGCUCAAGCUCACAAGGAGAUGCUUGAAUCAAUGAACAUGGUACCUAAAGCUAAAAAAAGAUCGCAGGCUCUGAGAACACAACCACUUUUUCUGGAUGGUGAUGGGCGUGCCUUCUGGAGGUUAAAUUGUUAUCCUGAAGAAUCAAAUAUCCUGGUUCAAGAUAUAGGGAAUGGGGAUGAUUCAAUUGUCUUUGGUGAGAAAUGGAUAACCUUCGACAAUGAGCAGGAGAAGGUGGUCGAAAAGCACAUCUCUCUCCGGGAGAGAAUGGUAAGAGCUCAGUCAGCUGCUAUAAUACCUUAUGCAUUGAGUAUUAGUUUUCACAAGGGUGGCUAUAAUCAAAGCUAACUACCUUUGAUUUGUGCAGGGUGGUUGGAAACGUUUGCGACAGCUUCAUAUGAUUAUGUUAUCUUCCUAAAGACCAAAUUGUGCAAGUGUAAUCAAGUUCAUGAGCAGCUUUCAUGUAGAUUUGAGGAAUAUCUUAAAUAAAUGUUUUUGUAAAACUUAUAUCAUUGUGUUGUAGAGAGAAACAAUAGAGAAACAACAAUGUUUUUAUUAAUACGUUUUCUAUUAUAUGUAGUCAUGCAUAGUAUAACUUGUGCUUGAUCAGGGAAUUUUACUUAGAUGAU